AUGGCCUCUCCCCGACUUUUCCGCCCUGCAAGCCGCCUGCUGUCUUCGCGCCUGGCAUCCACUUCUCUCCGUCCGGCCUUUGCCCAGUCCGCCUGUGCUCAAUCCGUCCUGCGCGCCCGUGGAUAUGCUUCUGAGAGCGGCGUGAAGGAGGUUACUGUCCGUGAUGCCUUGAACGAGGCCCUGGCUGAGGAGUUGGAGGCCAACCAGAAGACUUUCAUUCUGGGUGAGGAGGUUGCGCAAUACAACGGAGCUUACAAGGUUACCCGCGGCCUUUUGGACCGAUUUGGUCCUAAGCGGGUUAUUGAUACCCCCAUCACUGAGGCUGGUUUCUGUGGUAUUGCUGUUGGUGCUGCCCUGGCUGGUCUGCACCCCAUUUGCGAGUUCAUGACCUUCAACUUCGCCAUGCAGGCCAUCGAUCAGAUUAUCAACUCCGCCGCUAAGACCCACUACAUGUCUGGUGGUAUCCAGCCUUGCAACGUUACUUUCCGUGGACCCAACGGUUUCGCCGCCGGUGUCGCCGCUCAGCACUCCCAGGAUUACUCCGCUUGGUACGGCAGCAUUCCCGGUCUGAAGGUCGUCUCCCCCUGGAGCUCUGAGGAUGCCAAGGGUCUGCUGAAGGCCGCUAUCCGUGACCCCAACCCCGUCGUUGUCCUGGAGAACGAGCUUCUGUACGGCCAGGCUUUCCCCAUGAGCGAGGCUGCUCAGAAGAGCGACUUCGUCCUGCCCAUUGGCAAGGCUAAGAUCGAGCGCCCCGGAAAGGACCUCACCAUUGUCACCCUCUCCCGCUGCGUCGGCCAGUCCCUGACCGCCGCCUCCGAGCUUAAGCAGAAGUACGGCGUCGACGCCGAGGUUAUCAACCUGCGUUCCAUCAAGCCCCUUGAUGUCGAGACCAUUAUCGCUUCCCUGAAGAAGACCGGCCGCCUGAUGGUUGUCGAGUCUGGUUACCCCAUGUUCGGUUACGGCUUCGACUACCUGACUGCUCCCGCUGUCCGUGUCACCGGUGCUGAGGUCCCCACUCCUUACGCUCAUGGUCUGGAGAACAUGGCUUUCCCCCAGGAGGACACCAUUGUCGCCCAGGCUGCCAAGCUCCUCCGGGUGUAG